CUUAACACUGUAACUUCAUAAACAGAACAAUCCUGUUUCCAACACUGGACAUUUAAAACAAUACACCGAAAAGCAUGAUGAUUUUGAGAGCAUAUAAAAUACAAAUAUGUAUUAAAUUAUCAUGCUAUCUUUACAGUUAGAGGUUUAUAGCAAAGCUGUGUCCUCUAGUUUGGAUACUGAACUCCACCCUCACUGAGGCGUGUUACCAAACCAGAUGCACAGGGAAGCCAAGCAGAGGUCUUCAGAGAAGAGUUUAACAGCCGCUGAAUUACAAGAGAAAAGAUACAUCCAAAGUUGCUGUAUUCUUUAUCAGAGAUAUUCAGUGUCAAAAAGGAUCAGAGGACACAUUCAGAGAAGAGAAGUGUGAGUAGGCCUUGCUCUGAGCCAUGGACUGGAAGACUUUUCAAGCCCUGCUCAGUGGGGUGAAUAAAUACUCCACUGCAUUUGGCCGGAUCUGGCUCUCAGUGGUUUUUGUGUUCAGGGUGAUGGUUUACGUUGUGGCGGCUGAGAGAGUUUGGGGUGAUGAGCAGAAAGACUUUGACUGCAACACCAAGCAGCCGGGCUGUGCAAAUGUCUGCUAUGACCACUUCUUCCCCAUUUCCCACAUCCGACUGUGGGCCCUGCAGCUCAUCUUUGUCACCUGUCCAUCGCUGAUGGUGGUCAUGCACGUGAAGUACCGCGAUGAGCGCGAACGCAAGUAUCGCGAGAAGCACGGUGAAAAAGCCAAGCUCUAUGACAACACGGGGAAGAAGCACGGUGGACUGUGGUGGACAUACUUGAUAAGCCUUUUUGUCAAGACUGGCAUCGAGAUCACUUUCCUGUACAUCCUCCAUCACAUUUAUGACAGUUUCUACCUGCCAAGGCUGGUGAAGUGUGAUGUCCAGCCAUGUCCCAACGUUGUGGACUGUUACAUUGGUCGACCCACAGAGAAAAGAGUCUUCACCUACUUCAUGGUUGGAGCUUCAGCUCUUUGCAUAGUGCUCAGUGUCUGUGAGAUCAUCUACCUGAUCUCCAAACGCGUCAUUCGAUGUGUCAACAAGAUGAAGAGGCACCACAGAAGCAGCACACCACUUAAUGGACGAUACCGAGACGAGGACAGCAACUGCACCCUUCCUAUGCAUGAAUUGGACAGCAAACCCCAGUUUAAGUUGGAGUCUAAAACAGAUUUUAAGUCUGACUAUAAACCUGGGUCUAAACCACAGUUUAAAUCUGAACUCAAGCCAACAUUUAAGCCAGCGUACAGAUUGAGUGUCGACAUGAGAGCUUCUGCUCCAAAUCUCUCAGUACCCAUGUACAAGAUACAGUCUGAUAUACUUUGAAGAACAUUUGUUUUUCUCCAAGUAUUCACAAAGUCAUAUUUAGGUAUAAAACAAGCUUUGAAUGUCUGGACAGUCUCAAAGUCUUUCAUUGUCCAUCAAGACCUAUAAAACUGCCAAUCUUGGGUCAUUUGGCCGAAGGUUCAUGAAAUUCUAUAUGCCAAAUUCAGAAACUUUUGCCUUGGAAACAGUAGGGAUUAAGUGGCCUGCCUAGUGGGGCAGUGGAAAUGAACCAAGAUUGUGAUAUCACUGGUACCUGGGUUCAAACCUGGAGUCUUUUGAUUAGCAGCCUAGUUCCUUCAGGCUUCAACUCCAGCUCAA